AUGGGGAACAUCAUCAGGGCCCUCGUGGCCUUCAUCCCCGCGGACCGCUGCCAGAACUUCGUGGUCAGGGACCUCCUGGAGAUGCCGCUGGACAAGAUGGUAGAUCUGAGCGGGAGCCAGCUCCGCCGCCUCCCUGUGCACGUGUGCUCCUUCCGGGAGCUGGUCAAGCUCUACCUGAGUGACAACCACCUGAGCAGCCUGCCGCUGGAGCUGGGGCAGCUGCAGAGCCUGCAGAUCCUGGCCCUGGACUUCAACAACUUCAAGGCGCUGCCCCAGGUGGUGUGCACUCUGAAACAGCUCUGCAUCCUCUACCUGGGCAACAACAAGCUCUGCGACCUCCCCAGGGAGCUGAGCCGGCUCCAGAACCUGCGGACCCUGUGGCUCGAGGCCAACUGCCUCACCCAGCUGCCCGACGUGGUCUGCGAGCUCAGCCUCCUGAAGACGCUGCACGCCGGCUCCAACGCCCUGCGCCUGCUGCCGGGCCAGCUGCGGCGCCUCCGGGAGCUCAGAACCAUCUGGCUCUCGGGCAACCUGCUGAGCGACUUCCCCCCGGUGCUGCUCCACAUGCCCUUCCUGGAGGUGAUCGAUGUGGACCGGAACAACAUCUGCCACUUCCCCAGCCUGGCCCACCUGCCGGGGCUGAAGCUGGUCAUUUACGACCACAAUCCCUGCAGGAACGCCCCCAAGGUGGCCAAAGGCGUGCGCCGCGUGGGGAGGUGGGCAGAGGAGACGCCGGAGCCGGACCGCAGGAAAGCCAGGCGCUACGCUUUGGCCGAGGGAAGCCAGGAGGCACCGGUGCCACCUCCUCCGCUCCCUCCUACCAGCUCCUGAGGAGCUCCAGGGGUAGGCCGAUGCCAGGAGCCCAGCUGGCAUCUUCUGGAGACCUCUCCAGCGGAGCGCAAGAGUGCCCUGGGACAUGCAGGGCAUCUCCGCCAGCAGGAGCCGAGGGAGUCAGAUGAAAUCCCU